AUGGCUUCCGCUGUGGUAACCACCGCGGCGCACAUGGCGCUGGCGAUCGCGUCCAUGGCGGUCGUGCUCGUCUUCUGCGACGGGUCGCUCUUCGGGUACCAUCCCUCGGCGCUCGCUCUCGGCUUCGUCUUCCUCAUGGGAGAGGGCGUCAUCGCAGCUGCUGUGGGCAAGGGCCGGCAACGACCGCUCUGGAUCAACAUCCACGCGCUGCUCCAAGGCUUAGCAGGCGCCGCCAUCGCAGCCGGAAUCACCGCCAUCUACCUCAACAAAACCCGCCUCGGCAAACCGCACUUCACCACUCUGCACUCCCGGCUCGGCCUCGCAGCGCUGGUGCUCUCUGCAGGCAUUGCUGCGGGCGGCGCUGUGGUGAAGUAUCUGCCCGCUGCUGGGGUGGGUGCGGGUGUGGUGGAGGCGACACGGCGUGCGCACAAGCAGUUUGGCUCUGUGGCUUUUUUCCUGGGAGUAGCGGUGUGUGUGAAUGGGCUCCGACUCACCAACCCUUCCAGCCCUGUGUAUAAGGGUCCACUAUCAAUGGCAGUGGGUGGUCUAUUGGUGUUGGCUGCUGCUGCUGUACUUCUCCAGCUACUUCUUGCACCCUCUGCCGCUCCCAAGGCAGGCAAGGGCAGGAGAGCACCCAAGGCAGAUUAA